AUGUCUAAUAGUGAAUUCAAAGCACGUGCACUCUAUGAGUUUGCUGCUGAAGGUCCCAAUGAACUCAGCUUCAAUGCUAAUGAUAUUCUUACAAUUACAUCAAAUACAGCUGGACAUGGCUGGUGGUAUGCAAAAAGUGCAUCGGGUAAAGUUGGUGUGAUCCCACAAAAUUAUGUUGAAGCAUUAAGUGAUCUACCAGAACCCAAUGAACCACCACCACCGCCAUUAUCAUCCUUUUCAAAUCCUGCUAAUGUUUAUUUCAAUAGAGAUCUUACAAAUACGAAUUUUAAUACUUCGAAAACAUCAAUACCAACAUUUGAUCCACCGCAAUACAUGAAUCCGACUACGUAUAGUAAUUGGCAAUCACAAGAUCCACCAGCAUGGUCACCACCAAUAACAGCACAGUCUAAUCAAGUAGCUGAACAAACACUAACUAAUUCUAGUCAACCUUUAAAAAUUUGUACAGAAUCUGAGAAAAAAUUAGCCAACAAUGUAUUUAUAUCAGAUGAUACAGACAAUGGAUACAUCACUGUCGCAGAUCUGUCACCGAGACUUAUUUUGAUGUCCAAUACAUAUUCAAAAUCUCCAGAACUAACUAAUUUAUCAGACGAUAUUUAUGAAUAUCUUGAAACUCCGAGACCGAUGCCGUCAAUGUCAAAUCAUAUAUCCCCAUUUUACUUUCCAAAUAUUUCAUUACCUUUACCACAACAAUCGACAAUAUCGAACAAUUAUUUAAUUCCAGUCUCAUCAUCAGAAGAACUACAUAUAUAUAAUACAAUAGAUGAUGUCGGAAUUAGUCAUUCGCAGAUACUACAUAAUAAAUCGAAAACAAUGUCUUUACCAAUGCGUCCAUUGUCAAGAAGAGAUACGGAUUCUGAUGAUAGCUUUAGUGAUUCGGAAUGUCCACCAUCAUCACAACAAGCAACAAAUUCGAAUACACUAUCAAAACAAAAUUCAUUUAAAAACACAGCAACGUUAACACCGCAUUCAACAUCACCAUAUCCUAAUAGUAGAAGUUCAUUUACUGGAGGUGAGGUUAAUAAACCUCCUCCACGCGCUCGAUUUUUUGAUAAACAUGGCUUGGACAAUUAUUUAUUAAAUGGAUCGAAAGCGAAACCUGAGGAGCAUGUUGAAAUAGCCUACGAUGAGAACGAUGGUGGUGUUUGUUGGGCACGUAAUCUUACGCUGCCACCAUUCAACUGUCGAGUAGAAGAACCAUCGAAAGGAACAAAAUUAGGAGGAUUGAAGGCUUUUACGGAAUAUAAAGUGAUUACAGAUAUUCCAGGAAGUCACUUCGUUCUCAGACGUUACAAACAAUUCGAUUGGUUACAUGAGCAACUGGUUAAUAAAUUUCGUUUCAUUUGCAUUCCACCAUUGCCGGAAAAACAAAUAGCUGGGCGAUUCGAUCAAGAAUUUGUUGAAGAACGUCGACGACAACUUGAGUUAUGGCUUAAUCGUGUAUGUCGUCACCCAGUGCUCUGUGCUUCGUAUGCUGUUCAACAUUUUAUUGCAUGUGACGCCAAUGAUAAAAAUAAAAAAGAUUGGAAAGGAGGAAAACGAAAAGUUGAAAAGGAUGAAUUACGUGAAGCAUCAUGGCUUCAGUGUGUUACGCUGACAAAUACAGGAUUAUCUGAGUCACAAAUCGCUGCACAAAUCGAAACUUUUGCCCAACAACAACCAGGCCUUGAAUCACACUUGAAAAGUCUAAAUCAAGGUUUAAUAAAAUAUCUCGAAAGACAAACGGAAGUUUACGAACGAGAUAUUCUACGAGUGAGCGACCUUUUUUCGAAAGUUUAUGGAGCUGUUCACGUAGACACGACUACAGCUGGCAAUAAAGAACUUUCAAGUUCAAUAUCGAAAAUAAGUGGAUCGUAUGGUGAAAUAGCUGACUUAUACAAAACUAAAGCAACUGCAGAUCUACGAGAUUUUAUUGAACGUAUUCAAGAAUAUAUUGGACUUUUGGCUUGCUUUCCAUCAAUACUAAGUAUACAAAAAAGUGCAUCAGAGUUCAUAAAAACUCUUCAACAACGUGCCGCAUCAUCUGAUUUUACCAAUGCUAUUCAUCGUGGUCUUGUACUCAACCAUGUUGUUCUAGCCGAAGUCAAUUUUUUUCAAAAGGAAAAAGUUACUGAUUUUAAAGUAUACAUGAAAGGACUCGUCGAUAAACAGACUGAAUUCUAUGAAAAAGUCUCAACUUCAUUGCGUGAUGCAUCGUUAUCAUUCAAAUAG